GACUUCUUCUAUCUGCUUACCUUCUGCUGCCACCAUCAGGCACUGUCUUGUUUGCGCUUUUUCCAAAUUUAGAAGGGGCAAAGUUCACGUUACCAUCGGCUGCCAAACAGCCAGCUAACAGUUAGCCCUUUGAAGUCAACCGACGGAUAACCUCAUUGGAUUUGAUUCGUUUAUAAAAAAAAUGUUCUAAAAGUGUGGAAGAUAAUAUGAAAAUGUGAAUAAAAAAGUAUUGUGACUGUGGCAUUUAGUGAAUCAUUAAAACAAUUAUGUUUGUUUGCUGUAUACCGGAAAAUUGAAUUUAUUCAAAUAGGAAUUAUACGACUUUAUUCGUUAGGAAUUUCAAUAGAUGUUCAAGAUGGCUUCGGAAAUAUCGACAAAUAUUUGCGCACCGCCUCAAAAACCUCCAUCUCCACCCGCAAGAACUUUAAAUUUUUCUAUCGCAAAAAUAAUGGAGCCUGACAAUAAAAUGAAGAAAUCGAAUUUAGAAAUGGACAAGGACAACAGUAUCUUAAAUCUCUCUCAUGCUUCAGCAUUCGAAUCCGCUUUCAAGAAGUAUGUUCCAAAUGUUCUUAGGUCUCCAGAAAUUUUACAGAAUUAUCCUUUAGUAUAUUACCACCCCAGUCAACUAAUGUUAGGAUCAGUAUCUGUAUAUACUUCAUCGGUAACUCAAGAACCUCCCGGUCCAAUUGGAAACAGUUCAGGUGUAAAUCCCUUAUCUCUACAUUUUAAUCAAGUUAAAACAAGCCCCGUAAAAGCGCAACCAAAAAUUAGUACCCCCUCAAAUGGCAGCUCGCCAAUUUUAACACCGAAGCAGAAGAGUUUUGAAUGUGGAGAAUGUGGGAAGGUAUUCAAUGCCCAUUAUAAUCUAACUAGGCACAUGCCAGUGCAUACAGGAGCUAGACCGUUCGUAUGUAAAAUAUGUGGAAAGGGUUUUAGACAAGCUUCAACGCUUUGUAGGCAUAAAAUCAUUCACACUUCGGAAAAACCUCACAAAUGCCACACUUGCGGCAAAGCAUUCAACAGAUCUUCUACCCUGAAUACGCAUGCACGGAUACAUGCCGGGUACAAACCUUUUGUUUGUGAAUUUUGUGGAAAGGGUUUCCAUCAAAAAGGUAAUUAUAAGAAUCACAAACUCACUCAUAGCGGGGAAAAAGCUUAUAAAUGCUCUGUGUGUUCAAAAGCGUUUCAUCAAAUAUAUAAUCUCACUUUCCAUAUGCACACUCACAAUGACAAGAAACCGUUUACAUGUAGGGUAUGUGGAAAAGGAUUUUGUCGAAAUUUUGACUUGAAGAAGCAUAUGAGAAAACUUCAUGAAAAUAGUGGUAACUGCAUCGAACCCGACUUUAUGUCUAGUACUUCACAAGGACCAACUCCUGCUUCAUACUCCGGUGAUAGGAAUAUUCACCACUUCAUCAGCCCUUUCAUUCGUCCACCCAUGACUGUCCCAGUGUAUUCAUCGAAACUAUUGUGACCUUCGUAUUAAAUAUAACUGUUGUGUUCAUCAAAGAUGAUAAAUCUGUACAUUUAAUACUCAAUAUUACCAAGGUGAUUAGAAUACCUAUUUGAAAACUAUAUUCACUCAGUUAAAAUUGUGCUUUCCAAACAGAAAAAUGUGUUAGGUAUUAUAACAAUUUUAAAAAUAAAUAUAAUAAUUAUCUUAAUAAUUUUGUUAUAAGUAGAAGUCUUCCAUAAUUAAUUAUUCCCUACUAGUAGGUGGUGCUCUAGUAUCUCAGCGGCAGUUGUAUUUUUCUACUAUGUUUGCCACACAUGAAUUCCUUAUUACGACUCUUUUCAAAAAACUGUGCUUCGAAAUUUCAUCGUGAAACCGAUUCUAUAUAUUUCCUGUUUCUACUACCAAUUUCAGUUUUAGAAUCCAAAAUAGUUUAACAUGGAACAAGUAUUUUAAAAAAAAUACCAACUCUGAAGCUUGUAGUUGGCAUUUUGUGAUGAUAAUUUCAUUAUUUUCUGCGCAUUUUCUUUUGACAAUAAUUAUUGCGUUAUUAUUUGAUAUUCCGUUUCUUAUAUUAAAAAUAUUCAAAAUACGUUUGCUUUCCUUGUUCGUUAUAUUGUUUUAUUAUAUCUAAAGCAGCAAAAUGAAACAAAUGAUAUUCAAUAUCAUUCAUAAAUGACUUACUGAAAUCAAUUUCAAUGAAAAUUAUUAGAUAGAUAAGUACAUUUAGUGUUAAGUACAAUUGAAGUCACUUUUCCAGAAAAAAAUAUAUGUUAGAAAACUGAGCAACCGUGUUAUUUCUUUUGUGUUGCGGGAAAGAAAAUCAUGAUUUAUCUGUAGUUAAAUGCUAUUGAUGAGUUCUUAUACGUAUUUAACAAAGUUCUAUUGAUAAUAAUUUCUGACCAAGCUGGAAUUUUUGGAGCCUGAUGAUAUUCAUACUGAGCAAAUCGUAUACUAUUGAAAAAGUAUAAUUGUGAAUGUUGGUGUGAUGGAAGCAGUAAACAGUGUAUUCAGUAUAAAUAAUAUCUCAGAAUACCUUGGACCUAGAUAAUUUUUGCAGAAAUUCACAACUAAUUUCUUAGCAUCGGAAACAUCAGAAUUAUCUCAACGUUUUUGGCUUUCAACGAUUCUUCAGUAUUAUUAUUACUGGUUGAAGGUAGAUCCUCCAGUAGAGAUUCGUAGUAUUGGGAGUGUAAUGGAUUGUCAAAAUUGCAUCUUUGCAGGUUUUAUUCUGUUACAGCUUUCAAUUUAAAGUUCCUCCGUCUGAAGCAACAUCGAAUAUCAUCAUCCUUACUUUUUGUCGUUUCAAAAAAAGCUUAGCCAUUUUUAAGAAGAAAAUUUUCAAACAAAAAUAUCAAAGAACUGAUUCACACUACUUCAGAUCAAUGUUAUGAAUGGCUUCCUUUUGUUUCCAAUUGAGCAAAAAGGGACUGUAUCUUCUUUAAAUAACAAUACAAUAUGAUAUAAUUAUUUGAUAGAUUCUUAAACUCAGAAGCUAAACCGUUGUAUAACAAUUGCUGUCAAAAGUAAAUAGGAUUACUCGUAUGUAUGGGAAAACGAGGUUUUCCAUUUGACAUUCCAUUCCUGGGCCUUCAUAAUAAAAUUUCUUGAAACCUUUCUUAGAUAAACUAUUGGAAAUUGACAGGUACGGUUUAGGAGGGAUGUUGUAGCAUUGCUCAAGGAAGUCUUAAUGCAUGGCAGAAAUACUUGAAUUCUCUUAAAAAUAUCUCCGGUGAGGGAUGUACCGAGUGAGUGAAGAGAUUUCCUGGUUUGGUGUGAGUUCAUUUGUCUUUCUAAAAUGCGCUGGUAAGCUUAUCUAUUGAAAAUUAAUGAAAAGUUAUUUUGAGUAAAUUUUUUUAAAUAUUUAUUGCUAAUACAUUUGUGAAGAUCCUAAAACAGCAGAUAUAUGUAAUUCAACGGCAGAGCAUUUUAAUUAUGUUAAUUUCUCACAAUACGUAUUUAUUUAUGAAUUGAAUGAAUGUACAGAUUAUUGUCUUCAGUUAAACGCAAUGUAAUAAAAACUGGUGAUAGCCCGAUUGGACUUUCUUUCGAGAAUGCUUUGAUCUCUUUUUGAUGUGCAAUAUCUGAGAAAAACCUACAUUGAUCUACACCUGUAAAAUUUCUCAUCGCUUAGAUAUACAUUGUAAAAAAAUAUGUAUUUAGUAUCUAGUAACAUAAUCAAAUGAAUGUUAUUUAAUAUAAAUUAAAAUGUGUUUCAUUUUA